GGCUCCCGGCCGCCGGCGGGGGCGGGGCGGGGCCGGGUAGGGGGUGGUCUCGGCGCCCUGCGCUAGGUGCGAAUUUAGUAGCCGCCCACCCUCUUCUCGGUCCCCGCCCCCAGGGAAUUAUAAUUCUCUGGGAAAGUGUCUGGUUCUCGGAGAAUCCCUGGGGCGGGGUGCGGGGGCGCGCCCGGCGCAAAAUGGUUAAAACAAAGUCCAUGCGCGCCCCGGGGUCCCUCUUAUGGAAAGUCUACGUGCCGGUGGCUGGGCACCCCCUUUGCUGAUUUGAGGGAUUACCGAGAGGAUGGGAUGGAUCUAGGCAGUGACGCCGGCAGCAGCAGCAGCAGUAGCCGCGCCAGUUCGCAGUCCAACUCCACCAAAGUGACCCCUUGCUCCGAGUGCAAAUCCUCGCCGUCGCCGGGGGGCAGCCUGGACUUGGUGUCUGCCCUGGAGGGCUAUGAGGAGCCCUUCCCGGUCUACCAGAAGAAGGUGAUUAAUGAGUGGGCGCCGGAGGAGGACGCGGAGAAGGAAGACGAGGAGGAGCGCAGCGAGCGAGGGUACCGGGAUGACCGCUGUCCUGCCCAGGAGCCGGGGGACGUGAGCGCCAGGACCCGCAGCGGCGGCGGCAGGGGCGCCACCACCGCCAUGCCGCCCCCCGUGCCCAACGGCAACCUCCACCCGCACGACCCCCAGGACCUCAGGCACAAUGGUAACGUGGUGGUGGCCAGCCGGCCGAGCGGCUCCCGGGGCCCCCGCCGGGCGGUCCAGAAGCCUCAGCCGGCUGGGGGCCGGCGCGGUGGCCGGGGCCCGGCGGCCGGGAGCCUCUGUCUUCAGCCCACGGACAGCGGGACGUGCGUCCCGGAGGAGCCCCCGGUGCCCCCUAUGGACUGGGAGGCUCUGGAGAAGCAUCUGGCUGGGCUGCAGUUCCGGGAGCAGGAGGUGCGGAACCAGGGCCAGGCGAGGACCAACUCCACCUCGGCACAGAAAAAUGAAAGAGAAUCUAUCCGACAGAAGUUGGCACUUGGAAGCUUCUUUGAUGAUGGCCCGGGAAUUUAUACCAGCUGUAGCAAAAGCGGGAAGCCAAGCCUUUCCUCCCGCCUGCAGAGUGGGAUGAACCUGCAGAUAUGCUUUGUCAACGACAGCGGCAGCGAUAAGGACAGCGAUGCUGAUGACAGCAAGACCGAAACGAGCUUGGACACCCCCUUGUCUCCCAUGAGCAAACAGAGUUCUUCCUAUUCUGAUAGAGACACUACUGAAGAGGAAUCCGAAUCCCUGGAUGACAUGGAUUUCCUCACAAGGCAAAAGAAAUUGCAAGCCGAAGCCAAAAUGGCCCUUGCCAUGGCCAAACCAAUGGCCAAAAUGCAAGUAGAAGUGGAAAAACAGAACAGGAAAAAGUCUCCCGUCGCUGAUCUUCUGCCACACAUGCCUCAUAUAAGUGAAUGCUUGAUGAAAAGAAGUUUAAAGCCCACUGACCUGAGAGACAUGACUAUUGGGCAGCUACAAGUGAUAGUCAAUGAUCUCCAUUCCCAGAUAGAAAGCUUGAAUGAAGAGUUGGUCCAGCUGCUUCUCAUCCGAGAUGAGCUGCACACAGAGCAAGACGCCAUGCUGGUGGACAUCGAGGACUUGACCAGCAAGGACACUGGCAUCUUUCCACAGCACCAGCGCCACCAGAUUGCUCUCACCAUGGGGAGACUCCAAGACUUGAGUUUCUAGCUGGGCCUGGUUCCGAGCGCCUGUCUGUAAAGAGACACGCUGAGAGUCAGCAGAAGCACAUGGCCGAGAAAAUGCCUGCAAAGUGAAAAGAAGCCAUCCAACCAGAGGACAAGCUAGAAUUUAUUUUGCUUCUGUGGUUGUAAAAAUGCUGUUGCUAAAGGUGGCAUAGAAACAAACAAAUAUCAGUGUUAGUCAUCGAUAAUGUCUGAAGCUUAACGUCCAGUGAUUGGCCUUUGCUUCUUAAUUUAUUUUAAUUUUUUUACUGUGCCACUAAAUACCAGGCAUUUUAAUAAAAUAUUGUUCCAAAAAAUGUACAGUACUUACACCAUCACAGAUCAUGGUUAAUCAAAGAGGGUAGUUUUAACUUUAUUUUUAUUUGUUUAGAGAUUCUGAGUUGGAGCAGUAUUUUACCAUUGACUGCUUUCAUUCUUCACUGUAGUUUUAAAGAAGAACUGUAAAUGACGGUGCUAUCCAAGUCAAAAAAUACAUGCCUGCCUCGUAGUGAAGUUGUAGGUCUCUGUACUAUGUAUAUUUUAAUCAGUUUUCAACAUUUUGUGAAUGUUGACUACCUGAAGUUCAUUUUUAGAUGUGCUAUUAACAUUCUGUUGGAUUCAGAGGGUUCCUUAAAAGUUUUAUGUAU